GGACAGAGCUCGAUCUGCCUCCUCCUCGGGCGGCCCCGCUCUCUGUAGUGCAGGAGCCCCCCGGGCGGGGUCGCGGGACCCGCGGAGCUCACAGCGGCCAGACACGCUUGUUCUCUGGAGGAAGCGGCGAGGGUAAAACACUGGAUCUUUGUUGAAAAUUCUGCAAAACUGGUACUGUCAGUAAAGAUGUCGUACUUAAUAAAAGGAGUUAAAUGGUGCAGUCCUGUAAGUCAGAUGGGCAAAGUAACAGGAAGCCUCUUUAAAGCACACACAUUAAAGAACAUUUUGGGCAUCAAUGAACAACAACUCAAAAUUUCACGUGCAUCAUCUCAACUUAGCUCUGAAAAGGCAAACUCUUAUAACUACGUCAUUGUUGGAGCUGGAUCAGCGGGGUGUGUAUUAGCCAACAGACUGACAGAAGACCCUCUCAGUACUGUGCUCCUUCUCGAAGCAGGCCCUAAAGAUACCCUUCUAGGCAGUAAAAGGCUGAUGUGGAAGAUUCACAUGCCUGCUGCAUUAACAUACAACCUCUGUGAUGAGAAAUACAACUGGUACUACCACACAACAUCCCAAAAGCACAUGGACAACCGAGUGAUGUACUGGCCCCGAGGGAGAGUGUGGGGUGGCUCCUCCUCCCUCAAUGCUAUGGUUUACAUCCGAGGGCAUGCAGAGGAUUAUAACAGAUGGAGCAGGGAAGGGGCUACAGGAUGGGACUAUGAAUAUUGCUUGCCCUAUUUUAAGAAAGCACAGACACAUGAAUUGGGGCCAAAUCAGUACAGAGGUGGAAAUGGACCCCUGCACGUGUCAAGAGGGAAAACAAACCAUCCUCUUCAUCAAGCAUUCCUGGAGGCAACCCAGCAAGCUGGGUAUCCCUUCACAGAUGACAUGAAUGGCUAUCAGCAAGAAGGAUUUGGCUGGAUGGACAUGACUAUACAUCAAGGUCAGAGAUGGAGCACAGCUAGUGCUUAUCUUCGCCCAGCCAUAUCACGCCCAAAUUUGUCAGUUGCAGAGAAGACACUUGUAACAAAAAUCUUGUUUCAAGGAACAAAAUGCAUUGGUGUUGAGUAUGUGAAAAAUGGGCAAACAAAAAAGGUUUUUGCCAAUAAGGAAGUUAUUUUAAGUGGAGGUGCCAUAAAUUCUCCACAGCUGCUUAUGUUGUCUGGAAUUGGAAAUGCAGAUGACCUAAAAAAACUGGGGAUCCCUGUUGUUUGCCAUCUUCCUGGAGUAGGCCAGAACCUUCAAGAUCAUUUAGAAGUGUAUGUCCAGCAAAAGUGCACCAAGCCUAUUACUCUAUAUAGUGCACAAAAGCCACUUAACAUGAUAAGGAUUGGUCUGGAAUGGCUUUGGAAAUUUACAGGUGAGGGAGCCACUUCCCACUUAGAAUCUGGUGGUUUUAUCCGAAGUGAACCAGGGGUUCCUCACCCCGACAUUCAGUUCCACUUUCUUCCUUCUCAGGUGAUUGAUCAUGGUCGGGUUGCUUCCACGAUAGAAGCUUACCAGGUCCAUGUGGGACCCAUGAGGAGCACAAGUGUGGGCUGGCUGAAGCUGAAGAGUACAAACCCAAAUGACCAUCCUAUCAUUGAGCCCAACUACCUGUCAACAGAAAGAGAUAUUUGGGAAUUCCGCCAGUGUGUCAAGUUGACCAGAGAGAUCUUUGCUCAGAAAGCUUUGGAAGAAUUCUGCGGGCCUGAAAUUCAGCCAGGAAGCCAUGUCCAGUCUGACAAAGAAAUAGAUGCUUUCAUAAGGCAGAAGGCUGAUAGUGCUUAUCAUCCUUCCUGCACCUGCAAAAUGGGUCAGCCUUCAGACAGCACUGCUGUAGUUGAUCCCCAAACAAAAGUCAUUGGCGUUGAAAACCUGAGAGUAGUCGAUGCUUCGAUAAUGCCCAGUGUUGUCAGUGGAAAUCUGAAUGCCCCGACCAUCAUGAUAGCAGAGAAAGCUGCAGAUAUAAUUAAGGGCCUCCCAUCACUUCAGGAGAAAAAUGUUCCUGUAUAUAAGCCUAAAACCCUGGAAUCACAGAGAUAAACAAAUAUUCUCAUCCUUUCACAUCUUUUGCUACUUAGGCUUUGAUCAGCAUGUGGGUAUCUCAUACUGAACGUGCCAACAUGAUAAAUAUCCCACAAAACAACAUGUCCUAAUAAAAUAACUACUAAUUUGAACUUUUUUUUUUAAAAUUAGACUACCUGCCCUUUUUUUUUUAAUGAGUUGGCUUAAGUUGCUUUUUUUAAAAUUACAGAAUCAUAGAAUAUGCUGAGUUGGAAAUAACCCAUCAGGACCAUUGAGUCCAACUUCUGGCCCUGUGUAGGACACUCCAAGAAUCACAAAUCAAGUUAAAUACGACCUCCUGUGGUAAAUUCAAACUUUUGGUUGAAGAGAAGCUGUUUCUAAGUGACAGAUGUGCACACGAGCCAGAAAUACAGUGCAAUUGCAUGAGGAAGGGAAGAUAUUAAUGUGUACUAUUUUGAAAAUCCUUAUGGUCUGCCUUGUUAUUUAAAGAAACAUCCUUAAAGUUACUGGUCUUAGCUCCAAGGUCAUUGUUUGCAAAAGAUAUUUCUCAAAAAAUAUUGUGAAUGGUGCCUUGCUAUCACUCAAAUUUUAUUUAAACAAUUACAGCCAAACUACCUUUAAAAUGAAAUGUUAUUCAAAAUAACUGCAUAAGGUCAGAUAUUUAUAAUAUGGGAAGAGAUCUUUUUAAAUUAGAAGACAAGUAUCUUAUUCAGUGAAUCCAUUUUAGUUGGGACUUAAAUCUUAAUUUUAUUAUCUUCAAAUGUGUGAAUUAAGAUGCAUGAUCCUUCAUGGACUUACUGAAUGAAAUUGAAUCCAUCGGUUAGUUUGUAUUUAUUAAGAAUUGCAAAAUAACUUCUGACUAAGCAGCUGUCAAAUUGUAAAGUAAAAGCUUCUGUAGCCUAAAAGUUUGGUGGCAAACAGAAUAAACUUUUUUUCAGAAAAAAAAAAUGGAAUUUGACACCCUUUGAACAGAUUGUAAAAAACCUUGCUGACUCAGACAUUGGCUAGAGGGACAACUGCAGAUGUUUAAGGCAGAUACUUGUACCUGGUGCUGCUCGCUGUAAGGCAGGGAUUGGAAGCCCUGCUGUUAACUGAGAGAAAGGACUUGAUUCACUUGAAUGUCUGCAUAAAGACAAACAAAAGCACUGAAGAUGGAAGAUGACAGCAGUGAACUCUGCUCCAAAAAGAGGCAGGUAAACCCUUUCUAUGUACGUGAUGCAUUCUUUUGAAAUGAGGGGAAGAACAGGAAUAUUUCAAGUCGUAGGUGAUUGAUUAGCUGAAAGACAUGAUUGAUCUGACGAAACUGUGCGUUUGGGAGAAGCAUGGACUGCAUAUUCUGUACCUUUUAAUGGCAAAUCUUUUUUAUUCAGCACCUGUGUUCCUGAGAUUUUUCCUUUAAAGGUAUUCAGCAAGUGUCUUAGUGUCAUUUGGAACACAAUUAGCAUACUCAGAGUAAUAAUAUAAACAGGUGAGACUUACCACAGUCCUGUGCAGUUGAGAGGGGAAGCAAUUUGGCAAGAUGGAAAACUGAAGUUCCUGCAUUUGCAGAUUUAUAACAUGGGUUUCCAAUCUAGGUAUACAAGAUGGAAAUUGUUAUUAUGCAGCUGCAGAGGAUUAACUAGCCACUGGCUUACAUAACUUACCACUGAACACACAGAGCUAUCCUCUGCCAUUAUGUCAAGCCCUAAAAAUAUGAGUAAAUAGCAAAGUAUCCACAACAAACUAUAUGUAUCUUAGAUAAUCAGGCACUUCUUCUGAAACAUAAUCUUUUCUGGCACCCAUAGACACCUUGCAGAUUCCUCCCCUUCGAAACACUUAAAACAUUUUCAUUGCUGUGAACUGCAGUUGCUUUAUUAAUUCCAGCCUCACUGCUGUAGAACGCUGAGGCUCCUUCAUGACAUUCCUUUGACGCAGUGCUAGAGAAAUGGCUGGAAGUUUUUGCUGCCCUGGGGAAAUCUUUAGGUAACACCAAUCUUACCAUUAGUUUCUCUUGCUGAUACCUGGCUGCUGAUAUUGAAUUCCUGGUAAAAUUGUUCUGACUCCUAGCAGAGUCAAGUCAUGCUUAGAACAUGUCCAAGAUAUUCUAACAUGCCCCGUGGAGCACUGGCAGUCUGCUAGCUAAAAUUAACCAUCUUUUACACCUUAUUGGAUUGCAAAACACAGGCUGAGAAUUCCAGAGUUUUACUUAUUUAACAGAAUAAUAUGGUGUGAUUAUUCCCAAUUCUACCGAGACAUUAAUUUUUCUAUAAUGUGCAGAUGACACUAUUUAUGUAUUCAAAACCAGUUAACUAUAACAGCUGUUUGAUGUGAGAAUUUGGAAAUUACUAGACCUACCAGCAUGGCUUGAACCAACAGUGGUUCUGCAAGUGAGAACAUCAGCAUUUCCAUGGGGUUAUCUUGCUGCAGAUGCUUCAGACAGCUGGAGGUCUCUGGUUGGGACAAUGAGAUUAAGAAAGAAAAGUGGCCAAACCCACACCUUUUGUACACACAUUUCAGUUCAAAUUGCUUUGGUAUGACAAGUGCUUUUAAAAGCAGCAGAAAAUACCAGUAUUUGUAAAACUGCAAUUUAUGUAAGGUUUUGUACACCAGAACUUCUGAUGUUUCAACAACUUAAAAUCCUUUCCAAGUGUCUGAUUUUAAUUAAUCUGCAACCAAAUGAGGCAGCUAUAUAAAUACUGGAAAACUGUAAACUGGGCUUGUAAUAUGCAUUUUCUAUAAAAUAUACAAAAAUUUUUUUAGGAAUAAUUAAAUAUUCUAUACUUCUUAUAGUUAAAAUGAAGAGUUAUUGUAGAGAGAACACAUGAUAUCACUGCAUUGUAACUUUAGUCUCAAUUCUUCUGUCAUCCAAGCUCCAAAAAAAAUGUGUUCAAAUAUAUUUUGUAGAUUCACUUUUUCAGUGAAUUUACUUAUAACUUAUUGUUAUUUCACAAGAUACCAAAUCCAGAAACCUCCAUUUUGGCUUCCUGGAGUUUCUUUUUUUCUGUAAACUGGGAAAGUACAAUGAAGUGACUACAGCUGGGUAACCUACACAAGCACUUCCCAGCAGAUGGCAUGAAAAAUAUUGAUGUUUUAGGGGAUUAUAAUCAAAUUUUCCUAAUUCUUUCCAUAGAUCUGUAUCUAGGGAAGUAAUAAUCCCUUUUUUUAUAUGAAAACUCUCCUUGUUUUUUUUCUUUCUGGUUAACAGCAACCAUUCAUAAAAGGCUGAUACAGUAGCCUGAUACUGUAUUCCACAUGUCCCCUCCCAUUCUUCAAACAAUGCAAACAGAAUUUAACCUUUGGAGCUUGUUGGUGAAAAAAUAUUAGUAAAAGGACACCCAAGUAUAAUAAAAUUAUUACACAGU